GCGGGAAAAAAAGCAUCAAGCAGCGUUUGCGUCCAUACAGGCGGUUAUUCCUGACUUCGGAAGGAUUUUUAAAAAUUAAUAUUGUUUUAUACAUGAAGGCAGAGUGAGCGUGUCCGGCUGCGGGGUCACAAUAUGAACGCCUGCACGAUCAUUUAUGAUUUAUCGAGAUGAUAUGAAUGUCAAUCGGUCAAGGUCCGCGCGCCCAAUGCAACAGCCACGGGUGGAUUCUCAAACCUCUGGUGGGAAACAUCUGCCGCAAGCAUUUGGAUGAAUUUCUAAUGUGUAUUUUUUAUAUUUAAUAUCAUACUGCUGGGAGGAUUGUCGGUUUUUUAGGAGCAGCGUGGGAGCCUCACUGUGGGAAUGACAUGCUGCAGUAAAGACGGGAAACUGUAAAUAAUAAUGGAUUAGAAAACAAUGAUAAUGUGACUGCGACCCUUUGGAAGAAAAUGCUUUACAGUCCUCGCCCUGUGCAGAAAUCUUUAACGCUACAGAUAUAACAGCUGACAUAAACCCGGAGAAAGACUGAGAGAGGAGAGCUGCAGAGAGGACACCAUGUCGGCGGUGAUGAUCACACGAAAGGUGCGAAAAUGGGAGAAGCUCCCGGGAAAAAACACUUUCUGCUGCGACGGACGGGUGAUGAUGGCCCGGCAGAAGGGGGUCUUCUACCUGACCCUGUUCCUCAUCGUCGGGACCUGCUCCCUCUUCUUCGCUUUCGAAUGUCCGUACCUGGCUCUCCAUCUGUCUCCUGCCAUCCCAGUUUUUGCCGCUCUGCUCUUCCUCUUUGUCCUCGCCAUGCUGCUGAGGACCAGCUUCAGUGACCCCGGGGUGCUGCCACGGGCCCUCCCAGAGGAAGCCACGUUCAUCGAGAUGGAAAUUGAGGCUGCCAACGGGAACGUCCCCGCAGGGCAGCGACCUCCACCUCGAAUCCGCAACGUUCAGAUCAACAACCAGAUCGUGAAGCUCAAGUACUGCUACACCUGCAAGAUCUUCCGACCACCUCGAGCUUCUCACUGCAGCAUCUGUGACAACUGCGUCGACCGUUUUGAUCACCAUUGUCCAUGGGUAGGCAACUGUGUGGGCAAAAGGAACUACCGAUACUUCUACAUGUUCACUCUGUCGCUCUCCCUGCUCACCAUUUAUAUCUUCACCUUCGACAUCGUCCACGUGGUGAUGCGCUCAGUGGAUAAAGGUUUUUUGAACACUUUGAAGGAAACACCUGGAACUGUGCUGGAGGUGUUGGUGUGUUUCUUCACCCUGUGGUCAGUGGUGGGACUGACCGGCUUCCACACCUACCUGAUCUCUCUAAACCAGACCACCAAUGAGGACAUUAAAGGAUCCUGGUCAGGAAAGAACAGAAUCCAGAACCCGUACAGCCACAAGAACAUCAUCAAGAACUGUUGUGAGGUGCUCUGCGGGCCCACGUACCCGAGCGUCUUGGACAGAAGAGGAGUGAUGCAGGAGGAUUCAGCUGUUUCUGCUACAUCUGCUGCACCCUCUGCCUCCAGCAGCAGCAACGCAGUGUCACAAACCACGAAGACCACGGCUCCUCUCAUUCCCAACGAGCACACACCUGAUGAUGCCAAGCCGAGCAUCGCCGCCUCAGCAGAAAAGAGCACCUCCCCUAAAGAGGAGCUCCCUCCUGCUGCAAAGGUCCCGCCCCUGGCUUCACCCGAGACCGAUGCAGACGCAUCCAUCGUCGUCCCCAAGGACAAGUCCCAUUAGCUGCAUGAGAGGGCGGCUCCUGUUGUAGCCACGCCCCCAGCCACCCGGCAGGAACUGAAACAUUAAUAAUCAAUGUGUGAUAACUGUGCGGGUGACUCAGUUAUUCUCCGACGCCCGCCUUACAUUCCACCAGAAGAGCCGAGUUUCUGCGGCGGCUCCUCCUCUUCCCUCCUCUCCUCUCCGGCAGCUGCAGAGCUGUUUGAUUGACACUUGCUCCUGCAGCAGGGGGAGUGAUUUAAUGGACAGUCAGCAGCUUCCUCUGUCUCCUGAACACUGCAUGGAAAAGACACAUAGGGGGAGAAGCUGCUGGAAGAACUGCAGAGAAAAAAAAACUCUACAAGUGUAUGACAACCCCACAGGUCCCCAGUGGGUCUCUCUGAUUGUUAAAACUACUUUUUGUUCUUUAUUUAAAAUUGCAUAAAGACAUUUAUUGUGAGAGGCCAGUUCAAAUAUACUCCUUACAAGUGUCUGGCAAAGACGAUGCUACUUCUGGACAUGUAUAAAACUUCAUACAUACAGUCAGUUUCUGUUGUGUGCACAUUACAUGCCCUAUGCAAACCAGGAGAAGGCUGGACAGCAGCGUUUCUAUGAGUGUGGACAGAUCGGUUAGUCUGUAAGUACACAUGAUGUCCAGGCAGGAGGAGGACAUGCAAAUCUUUAGCUGAGAUAUCCUAAAGACUCCUUCCAGGCAAGUCAAAAUCUACCUUGUAUUCUGAUAUUGCUGCAUUCAGUACUGUUGUUUCUUGCGUGCAUCUUUUUUUAAAAUCGGUGAUCCAUACCAAGGCCUGUCCUUCCAUUUUUAUAUUUAAGGGAUGUAGUGAGACGUUGGUGCUCUGAAAUAGAUGAAAUUGCUUGAAGACUUGUGAUGAUAGUAGACACUAGUAGUAACAGUGCCUUAUCAUAACAGUUGCACCAUCAAAUGCAACCAACAGAGAAACCUUUGAGAUCCGUUUUAACCGCUGACACAGUUUUAAAGGAGAAAUAACACUUAUACACUAAUUAGUCCAGUGGUUUAGACUACUAUAAAGGGUUGCAAGAUGAUUUAA